GCAUAAGCAGCAGGCGGAGAAAAGCACAGCGACGUAAAGGCAAGCCAACACAGAGGCUGCGCCGCCUCCUCUCUCCCUCUCUUGUUGAGUGGUGCACGUUCGCUUGCUGUAGCGACAAGUGCCGUCGUCUCUCUCUCUCAAAGAAGUUCCUUCUUUUUGCUGUGACUUGUUAUAAGCCUCACGAUGCUCCGCCGCUCCUGCCCGCUUGCGAAGAACCUGUCGUCGUACGCGACGAAGGGCACGAUGCGCGGUGGCAUCCCUCGCAUCUACUACACCUGGAUGAAGCCCGGCAGCGCCACUCGACGCCGCUUCGAAAAGAUGCGCAACCCCUUCGUGAACCUCGAGACGGGCACCUCGUUGUACUUCCGCGACACGCGCGAUUCUGCGGAAGCCGUUGCCCACGCUGCCGAUAGCAAAGGCCUGAAAGGUAUGGACAACGGGGUCGACCUGUACAACGAGUACAAAAUCGUACCCGACCUCUACCCUGAGGGAUUCCAGUGGAAGCACAAGCUGAACACCGAGUACAACCAGUGGCGCUCGAACACGUGGCUGACGCCGGAGCUCAUUCCACAGGAGCACCGUGGCCGCUUUCUGUGUAACUUCCAGCUGAACGUGGUCGCCUACGAUAUGCGCGUGGUCAAGUUUAGUCCAAAGGAUCAUCGACAGUGGAUCUACUGUGUGCUUUACGUGGGCAGCGGCAAGGGCAUCGCCGGCUGGGGCCGUGCCGUUGCGCCGAGCACGCAGGAGGCACGCAACGAGGCGAUCCGGCAGGCGUUCUCGAACAUCAUCGCCGUGGACUUGGAGCAGGAGGGUCCGAUGUACCCCGUGCGCAUCAACGCGGACGGCGCGCGGGUGCUGCUCUACCCGGCCCGGCGCAUCGUGGCGAACUUUCGCGUUGCGGACAUUCUGUGUGCCUUUGGCUUCCAAAAUGCAGGCUGCAAGAUCAACCUGCGGCCGGUCAACAACCCGCGUGCGCCGACACACACGGUGGAGGCCGUCUUCGAGGCCGUGAAGGCGCUGCGCAGCGUGAGCGAGAUCGCGGCCAGCCGUGGCAAGGUGCCGCACAGCCUCGUCUACAACAUCUACCCCUACUUGGAGGAGAUACGACGGCGCAAGGGCAUGAUGGCGAUGCACCCGCCCGGCAAGGACGGCAUUUUUAUGCCGGACCGCGUCGUGGACAAUCGCAUGCCGGACCAUCUGAAGAAGGGCUACUACGACGACGUCUACUGGAAGGACUUCUUCGCGGGCAGUAAGGAGCAACUGAAUGAGCCGAAGAUGGGCAUGCGCGGCGAUGAGCUGCGCGCGCAGCUGGCGGACGCGCAGAGCCACAAGGCGAAGCGGACGAAGCGCCGUACCUUAGACGACGUGCUGCGACGACUAGGCAAGACAACGAAAGACCUCGGCCCGCUGCAGGUGGUGAACCCACGCCUGGAUGCAAAGCUGCCGACGCAUGUGAAACGAAAUUAUCUGCUUCAUUGA